ACGAAGAUCAGGAUGAGGGCGCCGCCUGUUGAUCAAGGCUGGUUGUACAUCAGCUUGAGAUGCAGGAGCUUUUACGGAGUCACAGGGAUACAGCAGCAGCAUCCGCUCGCGAGCCGCGGGGCCUGCGUUUCCAUUAGCUGUUGAGAAUCGGAGGGACUACAGAUGUAGCCAAAGGAGCAUCGCUUUGCCCCGCUGGUCCUCACAUCCCUGCACUGCAUGGCUUCACCUGCUGGGGUCUUUCAUCGUGUUUCCAUAACCCCAGUCCUGCACACCCUCAUGCUGGGGUUGCAGGCCUUGCACAGACUGACCAAUGACUGCCUGGAUUGUUUUGCCUGUCAGCCUGUCUGCCUUCUCCAUCACUGGGAUAUGGAUUGUUUAUGCCAUGGCAGUAAUGAACCAUCAUGUCUGUCCCGUUGAGAACUGGUCAUACAAUUUGACAUGUACAGAGGAAACAGCGAAGAGGGGCUUUCCAAAGACCUGCUGCACUCUUCAAGACAUCCCGCUUAUCAGUAAAUGUGGUUGCUAUCCACCAGAGAGCUGCCUCUUCAGUUUGAUUGGCAAUGUUGGGGCUUUCAUGGUGGUUAUGGUGUGCAUGCUGCGUUAUGCUCAAGUGAUUGAGCAUAGCCAUCACUGUUGGACCAACACAAGUGCUUUGGUGUCUGGGUGCAUUAAUGCCCUUGGUCUGGUCAUGGUGGGCAACUUUCAGGUUGAUCAUGCCAAGACUCUUCAUUAUGUGGGAGCUGGUGUGGCAUUUCCAGCAGGUCUGCUGUUUGUGUGCCUGCAGUGUGUUUUGACGUACCGUAUAGCAGAGACCAUGCUGGACUACUGGAUGGCUCAUGUGCGUGUCGCUCUUUCAGCUGGAGCUCUGAUAUCACUUGUUCUCAGUGGAAUCUUCUUUGUCCAUGAGAGCUUUGUGUUACAACAUGCCGCGGCUAUCUGUGAAUGGGUCUUUACUGUGCUGGUUUUGGUCUACUAUGGCACCUUCACCUAUGAGUUUGGCACUGUCAACAGCGAUACCAUAAUGGCAGCCUUAAUGAAACGCAGUGAACAUCACCAUCCGAGUUCAGGGGUCAUCAUGGGUGGUAUCGGGAAAGGUGUUGCAAUGGGUUGUGGGGCCCGCAGCCUAAAGUCUUCUGGAGGCAGUAGCACCUCCACACACCUCAACUGUACGCCAGAAAGCAUUGCCAUGCUUUAGGUCUUAAGCGAAACAGUAUUCUAUCAGACCUCAAUACAUCAAUCCUUUUCUUA